GCAGGCUGAAUCGACCAGAGCAAUGGUUAUGGAGAAGCCUAGUCCCCUGCUGGUCGGGCGGGAAUUUGUGAGACAGUAUUACACACUGCUGAACCAGGCCCCAGACAUGCUACACAGAUUUUAUGGAAAGAACUCUUCUUAUGUCCAUGCGGGAUUGGAUUCAAAUGGAAAGCCAGCAGAUGCAGUCUAUGGACAGAAAGAAAUCCACAGGAAAGUGAUGUCACAAAACUUCACCAAUUGCCACACUAAGAUCCAUCAUGUCGAUGCUCGUGCCACUCUGAACGACCGUGUGGUGGUCCAGGUGAUGGGCUUGCUCUCUAAUAACAACCAGGCUUUGAGGAGAUUCAUGCAGACGUCUGUCCUUGCUCCUGAGAGCUCUGUUGCAAAUAAGUUCUAUGUUCACAAUGAUAUCUUCAGAUACCAAGAUGAGGUCUUUGGUGGCUUUGUCACUGAGCCUCAGGAAGAAUCUGAAGAAGAAGUAGAGGAACCUGAAGAAAGACAGCAGACACCUGAGGUGGUACCUGAUGAUUCUGGAACUUCCUAUGAUCAAACUGUCAGCAAUGACUUAGAAGAACAUUUAGAAGAACCUGUUGCUGAACCAGAACCGGAGCAAGAACCUGCGUCUGAAGUCCAAGAGGAAAAGUCUGAGCCAGUACUGGAAGAAACUGCUCCUGAGGAUGCUCAGAAGAGUUCUUCUCCAGCGCCUGCAGACAUAGCCCAGACAGUGCAGAAGGACUUGAGAACCUUUUCUUGGGCAUCUGUGACCAGCAAGAACCUUCCACCCAGUGGAGCUGUUCCAGUUACUGGGAUACCACCUCAUGCUGUUAAAGUACCAGCUUCACAGCCUCGUCCGGAGUCUAAGCCUGAAUCUCAAAUUCCACCACAGAGGCCUCAGAGGGAUCAAAGGGUUCGAGAACAGCGAAUAAAUGUUCCUCUCCAGAGGGGACCUAGACCAGUCUGUGAGGCUGGUGAGCAAGGUGAUGUUGAACCCCAAAGAAUCGUAAGACACCCUGACAGUCACCAGCUCUUUAUCAGCAACCUGCCUCAUGAGGUGGACAAAUCAGAGCUUAAAGAUUUUUUUCAAAAUUAUGGGAAUGUGGUGGAGCUGCGUAUUAACAGCGGUGGGAAAUUACCCAAUUUUGGGUUCAUUGUGUUUGAUGAUUCUGAGCCUGUUCAGAAGGUGCUUAGCAACAGGCCCAUCACGUUCAGAGGUGAGGUCCGCCUGAAUGUGGAAGAAAAGAAGACUCAAGCCGCCCAGGAAGGGGAUCGCCGAGAUAACCGCCUGCGGGGACCUGGAGGCCCUCGAGGUGGGCUGGGUGGUGCGAUGACAGGCACCACCCGAGGAGGCAUGGUGCAGAAACCAGGAUUUGGAGUGGGAAAGGGCAUUGCUCCAAGGCAGUGA